CCACGCCACAAUUUUAGACAGGGGGAACUGUUUGAUUUAAACUUAUGAAAACUGACAUAGACAUAGCCGUCUGAAUAGCGGUAAUAUUCUCAUAAACCAUCGCUCAUCUUAACCUUGGAUAUUAGAAAAAGAACUGCGUCAUUUUCGUCAAAUCCAAACAAGAACACCUUAUUCAAGACGGAAUUUUUUUGACGCCCUCUUCACGAAAUGGUGUCAUAUUCAACAGAAACAAUUUUAACGUCAAUAUUCAUGAUAACCGUGUCCUUUGUGGCUGUCAUUGGGAACUCUUUGGUAAUCCUUGCAAUCUUGUGGAAUAAAAGACUUCGUACGAUAUGCAAUUUUCUGUUUCUGAACCUUGCUGUGGCCGACAUGCUUCAGGGAGCCAUUGCUAUGCCUCUCCGCCUGGCAGAUCAGCUAAAUCAAACAGAAAAACGCCCUCUCAUUCCUUGCUUGGUUGUCAUACCACUUACCGUCUUUCUCUUUGGUGCGUCCAAUUUCAAUCUCACGUUGAUAAGCCUCGAUCGAUAUUUGGCGUUAAAGAAGCCCUUUCUCUAUACAAACUUCGCCGAUCCACGCAAGGCGACAAUUAUAGUCGCGCUUUCUUGGCUGCUAAUUUUUAUUAUCGCAUUUCUUCCUAUUUUCGGAUGGGGACAGACAGACACAGCCGAUAUAACUGAUAUUUGUUUGUACUCCACCACACUAAGCCGGGAUUACUUGUUCAUGCUAUUUUCCAUCGUCAAUUUAUCUGUCAUCAUCACCCUAGCUUUUACCAACUAUUUCAUCCUUAAAACUGCUCGUAAUCAAAUCCGCCGUAUAAAUAUAACCCAAAGUCACGUAACCGGCAUAAAUGGUGCCCCUUCGGUUCAAAAAGAUGACUUAUCGGUUUCGGUCGUCUUAGGCCGACCGACUUCCGACUGUGAGACGAUGAAUAGCGAUCAAUCACGAGCGAAAGUUCCGAAGGCCGGCGGGAGUAGAGAGCGAAGGGCAACAAAGAUUAUGCUGAUAGUUGUUGGUAUUUUUGUGUUCUUGACAACGCCAAUCACAGUAAUUGACAUCAUUAGCUUAUUGGGUUGUCCCACUUGCACACCGCUAACACUCGUCAAAAUAACAGUUUUCAUGGCUUAUUCCAAUGCCUGUGUAAACGUGUUUGUAUACGCUGGUUUCAACACGGAUAUGAGAAAUACCUGGAUUUGUAUAUAUCGACAAGUUAAAGGAGCGAUAUCGAGUCGUUUCCGUCGCUAGCAAAGCUCGUAAGAGAAGAUAAUAGUACUAAUAAUAGCACAAAUAAUAAUAAUUAUAAUAUAUAAUAAUAAUAAUGGCUUUAUUUAAGGAUGUUUAUAACAGAGUCGUUUAACAGUUUGAUGUAGAAGUCGAACUUAAUCGCCCUAGAGAUUAGAUGCUGAGUUUCUAGGCAAAUUGAUGAAACCAUCUAAAGAAACCGUUUUCGACAGACGGCAACUGCCAAAAAUUUAACAUCCUUUCGCAAGCAAACCUAACAAAAUGGAUACGUCUUCUUCCUAACAUAUUUUCUUUUUCCAUUAAAUAAUCUCAAAAUAUCGAUAUAGCAUUUCACUAUUAAUUUAAAGUUUUACGGAAACGUAACUUUCACCAAUUAGUUUUUACUUGCGUGAGUUAUUUGAUAUAUGGACAAGUGAAUUAAUUAACCAAAUCCUUACUGGUGCCAACAAAUACCCUGGGCUGCAGACAUAGCAUCAAUAUGUAUAAGCAUGUAGACAAUAACUAGAUUGCAAUAAACAAACGAACUCAGAAUCAAGAAUUACACGUGAUAUUCUUUAUCAAAAUAAUCCUUAAAAAAAUGAGAUCGUUGAAAAAACGGUCUAUAAACCGUAUAUGCAUGCAAAAAGCUAGAAUAAUUUUUUCUUUGUUUGUGUAGGGUAGAUUCUCUAAUAGAUUUGUAAAACAGGAUACACUUUAUGAUACAUCUGAAAUGUAUGAAAAACCAAGAGGAAAACAUGACUACUGUUACCACUGUAUAAAUAUGUUACUCCGCUAAAGAUGACAAACCUCUCAAUUAGAAACAACCACUAAACAAACAAUUAAGCAUGAAAAACAAUCACGAUAAUGACGUUAAUAAUAAUGAAAAUAAGAAUUAUAAUACUACUUUUAAACAGAACGAGAUAUGGAAAAGAUUUUUAUCUAUGAUGAAUGGUUUAGUAACACACAGCUUUAUUUAACGUGCAUCAACAGUGGUUGUUCGUAAGAGGGGCGGCCAGCAUAAAACAUCAGGACCAACUAACUAUGAGGCGAGUCUCUGAAGCACCAAGUGUUAUGGCAAAAACAUAUAGGCCUUGAACCUGUAAUAAAAUGAAAUAAAGGCAGUGGAUAUGCAAGUUAAUAAACAAAUGAAUAAAUGAAUAAAG